UAUAGCUACCGGCAUCUCUAAUUCAUUUGCGGUUACUGAUAGCGGCGAGGCGUUUUCGUGGGGUAUGGGCAGCGAGGGUCAGCUGGGCACGGGCGCGGCUGCAGACGCCAGCGAGCCCACACCGCCCACCAGCGCACCCUUCGACACACGCAAACCCAUCAGAGUCUCCGCUGGAGGACAGCAUACUGUCUUACUUCUGGAGGAGACAAAAGAAUUAUCACCACCUCCAGAGAAUAAAGUAGAAAUGGAAACAGUCGAAGAGACGGCGGAGGAGCAGGAACCUGAAGAGGAGAAGGUGGAGAAGAAGCGGCCGGUGAAGAGACAGAAGAAGCAAGAACAAGACGAAGAGAUAUCGUCCACAUCGACUGCGCAGUCCGCGGAAACUAAACCAGAGAAAAAGAAAAGACGCGUGGCGACGAGUAAGCGCGCCACCUCCGCCAACAGCAAGCGACAACAGUAGCGCUGCGGUGCGGUAUUAGAUUCAUUUCAUUAUAUUAUAUAACAUUAUAAUGACACUUGGGAAAAAAUAAC